GGUGCCUGCAGCGACAAGCCGGAAUCGGGCAAUUUUGAUCGCUCUUCCAACCCCCAUGCUCCGCUCAGCGCCGUCUUCACCCAUUCUACCUACCGUACGAGUGAGCGAUGCGAACCCCCCUCACCCCUCUUUUUGUUUCUCCCGCUUGUCUGCCAACGGGCACGAUCUACGCCGCGUUUGUGGGGGAAGAGGGGAUGGGAUGGGAUAGGUGAGAAAGGAUGUCGCUUGACGGCGACACGGUCCAUCCUGUUGACUGCGGACGCAGGAAAUACGAGAAUGGUACCCUUUGUGCUACGUCAUGGUUCAACGGUGCCACCUCUCCGGCCUUACCGACUUUCAUGCAAUGGAUGGCUGGGACUCCCGGGUUUAGGCUCUUUGAUGGCAUGCUGUGUGGAAAGUCAACUGGCGAUCUUUUGUCAAUGUCGAGAGGAUUGGUAA